CCUAAUGUAGGGAUUGUGGAUGGGGUCCUGCUCUCUGACUCAGUAAUCCACGGGGUUGAGAGGUUUGUCUCAUUUACAUAAUGUUAGAGGUCUGGGCCUACCUUUCUUGCUCGAAACACCAUUUCACCAAAGAGGCGCGCAGACCUUUGGAUAAGAUUUUGCAGGCGGAUUUCUAAUUCUUUUUAAGACAUAACGUGUUUAACAUCUUUGGGGAAAAAAAUACCCUCUAAAGCCCAGACACUUCACCCUGAAUUUGUUGUCGAGAUCGGACAUCUGGAAAGAUUAAAGGGAAGAAGAAACGGAGAGAAAACCGCUUCUGUGGCUGAGAUGCGCAUAAUAUGACGCGAGGUAUUAUAUUCAGGUUAUCAACUUAGCCGGUUUCUGUUGUGCGGCUGUAAUUGAUGGCUGACCGUGUCACAUCUUCAUUUGCUCAAUUAGAGAAUGGCUGCUGCCGUGAUGCGCUAAAUUAUAUUAGUUGCUCCAUAAACGGGGCGCUUUUGUUUCUGUUAGAAAUAAUAGAGCUGCAGCAAAAAGUGAAAGUCAAACAAGCUAAAUAUUUAUUAUUUUCAUAAUUUUCUUAAAUUGAUCUAUUAAAGAAAUGAUAAUUUGCUCCACCAGAUGUAAAGUUUUAAAUGCUAUACACUGGAAUGACAGUCUGUCACUGAGAGUUGUAUUAACUGCUGUUCAUUGUCGCAGUUUGCAGAAGCUUUGUUCUUUUUUGACCCUCUUGUCAUGUCGCUCUUCUUCCUCUUCUCCCCCGGCGCCAGUAAGUUUGCUUAGAGAUUACAACGUCGGGUCAAGACUGCAAAGUGUCAUUAUUGCAAUGCUGACCAGACUCCAGGCUUUUAAGCUCCAAACGGCUCCAAUGUGUGCGUUUCUUCUUUGAAUUACCCCCAAAAAUCUCCAGGAUGCAUGCCAGAAAAAGAAUUAUAUCGAUUGAAAACGCGUGCGUAAAUGGAUGGAGGACGGUACCCCUCACGGUUUUUUGGAACUUCCCCUGUCCUCCAGCGUUUUGCCAUUUUAAUCCAGGACUUGUCCCUCUCUGGUGGGGGGUAAAAUGAUGCUUAAGAAGCAUAAAUGAGCUGGUCAUGAAACUUCAUUGUGGCUCUUUGAUGAUACUCGGUGGCCCUUGUGUCUGUGAAAAGUGCUCUCAAAGUUUGUAGAAAGAGUGGAAUUCCCUACUGACGCAAAAACAGUCGUAUGUGGUCAGAUGAGCGGGUCUGCGGAGCGCAAAGAGCCAUUCUCACCUGAGGAAAGUUGUCAGAGGAAACAUGAUGUUAAAUAUGUCGUUUUGUUCACAAGUUAAUAUAAGGAGAUGUGUAUGUGUUUUUCUCUCUCUGUAUUAUUUGCCCAAAUUGUCAAUGACUAUUGUUUGGUGGUUUUAGGAAGUGUGGCUCCGCCCCCUGUGUUUGUCGUAAACCUGGCUCCUGGCUCCAAUAAACCCGGGCUAAGAGCGCCCUGGGCUCGCCUCCUUCUCCAAGGCGAUCAAUAGGAUCUCAGGCACACUACAAGCACUCUCUUACGUAGACAUCGACCAAGGAGAGAGCCGAUACAACAACACGGUUGAUCUGCUCAAACACAAAAAUCUACCUGCUUUCUGAAUCAUGUCGUUGAGCCCAAAGCACACAACGCCUUUUUCAGUGACAGACAUUUUGAGUCCAAUCGAGGAGACAUACAAGAAGUUUAGUGGCAUGGAUGGCGCAGGGAAUCUAACCUCUCCACUUGGAGCCUACCGACAGCCUCAGGUGUCUCAGACCGGAAUGCAACAGCACUCGAUGGGCCACAACGCCAGCGUGGCCACCACUUAUCACAUGCCGCACGGCGUGUCUCAGUUCUCCCACACCGCAAUGGGGGGAUACUGCAAUGGGAGCAUUGGCAACAUGGGAGAUCUUCCAUCGUACCAGGAAAGCAUGCGGAGUAGUGCCGCCGCCACGGGAUGGUACAGCGCCAACCCUGAUCCCAGAUACUCCUCAAUUUCUAGAUUCAUGGGACCUUCCACAGGUAUGAACAUGACUGGCAUGGGGAGUCUCACAGGAAUGGCAGACCCCAGCAAAGCCAUGCCAGCUCUCCACGCUGCGCCCAGGAGGAAACGGCGCGUCCUGUUCUCGCAGGCUCAAGUCUACGAGCUGGAGAGGAGGUUUAAGCAGCAGAAAUACCUGUCGGCACCUGAAAGGGAGCACCUGGCCAGCAUGAUUCAUCUGACGCCGACCCAGGUGAAAAUCUGGUUUCAGAACCAUCGGUACAAGAUGAAGCGCCAGGCCAAGGACAAGGCGGCACAGCAGCUGCAGCAGCAGCAGCAGGACGGUAACCUGUGCCAGCAGCAGGCGCAGUCCCCGCGGCGGGUAGCCGUUCCGGUUCUGGUGAAGGACGGUAAACCGUGCCAGAACGGCUCAAACACGCCGACGCCGAAUCAGCAACAGGUACAACAGAGCCAACAACAGAACCAACAACAGAACGGAGGCGGAGUGGUGCUCGCAUCCUCGGCCGGCAGCCUCAGCCAGCAUCAAAACCAGCAGCAGGUGAACGCUUUGGAGCUGGAGGAGAUGUCGCCGAGCCCCCCCUCACUGCACAGCCAGCUCAGCAUGGCCCAGAUAGACACAUCAGCUGUAGAUUACACCAGUAACAUGGUCAGCUCAAACCUUCUCUACGGCAGAACGUGGUAGGACUUAAACAGUACUGACACUUUUCACUUUUCUCUUUAAAUGGACAACA